AUGAGGAAUAUGUAUAAGAUCCUUGCGAGCCAGUACGACCCUAUAGGGUACCUAACCCCAUUUACAGCCCGAGCGAGAGUCAUUGUCCAAGACCUGUGGAAGACGAAGCGCAACUGGGAUGAUCCACUUGAGCCGGGUGAUAUCAGAGACCAGUGGCAAGCCUGGGAGAGUGAACUUCCCCACCUGACUGGAAGAGUUUACGGAGCUGUGGCUUACAUCCGAACAGAAGAUGAAGAUCACAACGUCCAUGUUAGCUUCAUCAUAGCCAGGUCCCGUGUUGCCCCCAAACGGCAACUCUCAAUGCCUCGUCUAGAGCUCUCUGUAGCCUUAGCCGGUGCCCAACUAGCUGAUCUUGUCCAGAAAGAGUUGACUCUUCCUCUUGAUGAAGUCAUCCUGUGGAGUGACUCGACUACUGUGCUCACCUGGCUGCAAUCAGAAUCCUGCCGGUAUAAAGUGUUCGUUGGCACCCGUGUCGCAGAAAUACAGACCCUGACCGAUGUUGACAAGUGGCGGUAUGUCGACACCAAGAACAACCCCACAGAUGACCUUACGAGAGGCAAAACCCUGGUUGACCUCAGCCAAGCCAACAGAUGGAGAGAUGGUCCUUCCUUUCUCCGGUCGUCUCCCGACACAUGGCCAGCUCACCCGUCUACACAGACAGAAGACCCAUCUGAGUUCAAGAAGUCAACCUUCUGCGGUGCUGUGGUCGUCAUUCAGCCCAACUUACCUGAUCCAUCCGAACAUGACACCUGGAGUGACCUUGUUGCAGCUACCAUGCAGCAUCUUCAUGGGGCGGCCGAGGAUGCUGAUCCUACCAAGUUGGUUGAACAACGGGUAGAAGCCGAGAUGUUUCUUUAUCAGCGUGCUCAACAAGAUUCCUUCCCAGAGGAGAUUGCUUGCAUCCAAGCAGGCAAAGAGCUCCCCCGUGGUAGCAGACUCCUGCAGCUUGCUCCAGAGUAUGACGAAUCUUGCGGCCUCAUCCGAGUGGGAGGACGUCUUCGUCGUACCCAAGAUCUACCCAAAGACACUAAGCAUCCCAUCGUGAUGAAUCCAGCUCAUCCCAUAACAAAGCUUAUCAUCCGUGACUACGAUGAGAAGUUGCUCCACUACGGACCCGAGCGCAUCCUGGCAGAGAUCCGACGUAAGUUUUGGAUACUACGUGGAAGAGAAGCAAUCCGAAAGCAUCAACGCCAGUGCUUCGAAUGCCAGAAGUGGAGAGCUAGCCCUCAAGUUCCGAAGAUGGGAGACUUGCCUCCAGCACGCCUCCGCCUCUUCAAGCCUCCCUUCUACUCAACAGGGGUAGACUGUUUCGGUCCAAUGACGUGCAAGAUUGGAAGAAGGAGCGAGAAGCGUUGGGGGAUCAUAUUUAAAUGUAUGACCACCAGGGCCAUUCACCUUGACCUACUAGACAGCCUCGAUACUGACGCGUUCUUGAUGGCCUUUAGACGGUUCAUCUCCAGAAGAGGGAAACCAUUUGAGAUCCUGUGCGACUGUGGCACUAAUUUCAAAGGAGGGGAUAAUGAGCUACGAGACGCCUUUGCUGCCAUGGAUCCCAUCUUACAGCAGGAGCUUGCCAAGCACCAGGUCAAGUUUGAGAAAGAUCAAGUCCAUCCCGAUCCAGUCACUCCAAACCUUCUGCUGAUGGGGCGGCAUGAUGCGACUCUCCCUCAGGUUGUCUAUCCUGCAAGGGAUCUACUUGGCAGACGACGCUGGAAGCACAGCCAGGUCCUCGCUGAUCACUUUUGGUCCGGGUUCGUCAAAUCCUACUUGCCGACUCUCCAGGAGCGCCAGAAGUGGCGUACAGACCGUCCGAACCUGACCACCAAUGAUGUCGUUAUGAUUGUCGACCCAGCACUCAGCAGAGCUCAGUGGCCCAUCGGAAGAGUUGCAGAGACCUUUCCGGGUUCCGACGGUCGUGUCCGCACUGCCAGCGUGAGCGUUCGAGGUAAAACCUACACUCGCCCAGUGGCACGACUGAUCAGGCUUCCGGAGGUCAGUGACGACAACCUACCCGAUGGUGAACCCGACAACACCUAA